CUUCGGAAGUUCGGAUUAUCCUUUUUUGAAUUUAGGGAUAAAAUUGUCUUUAUACAAGUUUAAAAACCAAUGAAAAAUGUCAAUUCCGCCAACACGUCGAAUCCUUUUAACUUUAUUUACCUCAAAAUCAUGUUCACUUUGUGUUAAUGCAAAAGAUGUCAUUAAGCAUGUUCAAAAAAGAAUUCCUUUCGAUUUUGAACAAAAAGACAUAAAGGUCCCGGAGAAUUUAAGUUGGUUUGAAAAAUACAAGUAUGAUAUUCCAGUUUUACAUUUAAACGAUCAAUUUAUAUUAAAACAUAGAGUUGAACAAGAUGAGUUGGAAAAGAUUUUACGUAAAUUUAAAGAAACUGGUAUUGUAGAUCAAAAAAAUUAAUCCAUAUUGAUAAUACGCUUAGAUAAAUUUGGCAAUUUAGAGAUUUAUAAACGUGAUUUAUUGAGUCAAUGUCUUUAAACAUCGAAAUCGUCAUACUCCUCAAUCUCAACCUCCUCGCUUUCAUUCUCUUCAAAUAUAUCUGAAUUAUCCAAAUCUUCAAAUGAAGAAAACGUUCCCUCAUCAUCUUGUUCGAAAUCUU